CAGCCAGCAUGUUGUUUACUUGUUCAGCCUGGAUUAAUCUGACAGUCACUUUGUGGUCAGAUCUUGAAAGAAAACAGCAACAAGAGACUCAUCAUGUCGAAACACCGUCUGCAGCUCCAGACACAGAACUGAACCACUGACUGUAAAUCACCUCAUCAGACUUUCUUCAGCUUUACAUUGAUGCAUCUAUAAUAAUAUUGAUAAUUAUAACGAUAAAGCUGCUGUUAUUAUUCUACACCACAUGGAUGACGCCAGAGACAAUCUGAGACUAAAAUAGAGGCCAAAACAUAAACAAUGGAUCUAAAAUUGUUCUAUUAGUUUAUUGAGGUUAGGAUUCACCAUUAAGAUGUUUUCUAUACUUUCAACAUUAUUAGAUUAACCAAUUUAAUAUAGUGUACCAUUUAACAUAAGAUUUCAAGGAAUUACAGGGAGUUACAAUUUGAGGCUUGAAGUUUUAAACAUUUUUUGUCUUUGAGUUCAGUUUGUUCACUAAUCAUCUCGUCAAUUAAUAACCAAUAAUCUGUGAUUGCUUUUAUAUUCAGCCAGUUAAACUCGACUCUCUCCACCAGAUCUGAACUGAAUCCUGUUAAUGAUGGUGAUGUUCUUCACAGGACCAGGGGCCACAAGGUCAAUUCUGCUUUAGGCCCAUGAAACCUUGGACUGGCCCUAGAUGAUUAUUGUUAAUAAGCACUGAUGAUAUUACAAUAUAUUGAUACAUUAAUUGUUCAUCAUGCAGAGUACAGUCGUUGUUUUUACAAUAUUAACAGUUUUCCAGUUUUCUUUCUAGGUGGCAGCAACAAGUUGAAAGGUGUAGAAAGAAUCGCCUUAUGGUUUCAUAAACAUUCACUGUUAGUUUAUUAUUGAUAUUAACUUUGAUUAUUGAUUUGAACUUUGUGUGGAAAGUCAAGAGCACAUAAAUGUUUUGUGUUUUCACACUUUGUAGACGAGACUCGGGAUUCUUCAAGUGUUAAAAGCUUUUAGUUGAUAGAUAUCAUCAUUUUGAAAAUGUAUUUCAGAUUCAUUAAAAUAUGUUUACAUAAACAGUCUACUUAAUGUUUAUUCAAUGUCUUUUUUCUUCCAGAUGUUUGUGUUCAGAAUGUUUGGGGAGUGACUUUUAGUCGUCCUUCCAUUUGUGCCCUAAAAGGAUCAACGGUGGAAAUGAGCUGCAACUAUAUUUACCCAGCCAAAUACGACAACAUAAAGAUUGUUAUAGAGAAAACAUUUUGGUUUACAAAAGUCAUUAAUGGAGAUCAUGUGGAUCUGAAAGACGACCCAGAUUAUUCAGGUCGUGUGGAAUACAAUUGCACAAAGACUUUCUGCUCUCUGAAGAUCUUUAAUGUGAGUCAAACUGACUCAAAAGAGUACAAGUUCAGGAUCAUAACAAACCAUCCAGGUGGAAAAUACACGGGUUCAACUGGAGUCUCUUUAUAUGUCAGAGAUCCACAGGUGAAGGUAAACAGAUUAAAUAAUCCAAUCAGGAUCCAGCUGACAUGUCACACUGACUGUCAGCUGGAUCCUCCAGUUUCCUACGUCUGGCUGGAGGAUGGGAAAGCAAACAAAGAAAGUAACAAUAAUUUGGUCCUGUCCUCAUUUAAUACCACACACAGAUAUCAGUGUGCAAUAAGAGGACAUGAGGAUGUUCCAUCUCCUGCAGUGUAUGCUCCACAGACCAUCGCUCUGUCAGUGACCCCCUCAGAAACUGUUGAAGGCUCUAAAGUGACUCUGACCUGCAGCAGUGAUGCUAACCCAGCAGCUAACUACACCUGGUACAGGGGAAAAGUCGACAAACUCCUGGAAUCAAAUAAAAAUCUCACCUUCGACUCCAUCAAGUCGAUGGAUUCUGGGCAAUAUUACUGUACAGCCAUAAACAAGAUGGGACAAAACACCUCAAGAGUCAAUGUUGAUGUUAAAUAUGCUCCCAGAUCUCCUUCAGUGUCUCAGAGUCCGUCUGGUGACAUUGUGGUGGGUAGCUCCGUGACUCUGACAUGUAGCAGUGAUGCUAACCCAGCAGCUAACUACACCUGGUACAAGGAGGGAGAGAAGGCACAAAAAGAUUCAGGAGAAAAAUUCACCAUCACCAACAUACAAAAUGAACACAGUGGGAACUAUUACUGUAAAGUCCAGAACAAGAUAGGACAUCAUAACACCUCUGUAUCUGUGACUGUUGUGGCAGGUCAACCAAUGUCAACGAUCACCUGCAGGUUGGCUCUAUUGAUCCUGAUUUCUAUGCUUGUCCUGAUUACUUUUAGAAGAACCCUGAAAACUAUGAAAAAAAACACAAAACUAUCUGAUCCUGUAGAAAUGAUGGAGAUGAGAAAUGCUAUUGAGAUCACAGAGUGAGUAUGGAUUGAUCGAUCAUUGAUCAAUGCGUUGAUCUGUAAUUAAUCAAUCUGCUUUUGGUGCAUUGUUGUCAUUCAAUUACUGUACAUAAAAAAGUCAGACAGGAAAAACUAGAAAUAUGAGGUGCUGCAUUUCACCAAAAUGAGGGUAAAAAAUUUAUUUGCAAAAAUAUAACCAUAAAAAUAACAAAAAAUUAAUACUGUUUGUACAUAUUGAGUCUCUGAGUUAUAAAGACUGCAAGUAGUGAGAAGAAUUGUAAACUGUUAUGAAAUGUUAAAGAAUCAUAACAAUACCAGCUUGUGCUGCAUAAAGAAGCUGAAAGGUCAGAGGUCAGCCCUCUGUCCUUCAGACUAUUUGGAUGCAGCUGCUUCAGUUCACGUCCAGCAGAGGUCACAGAGAAGAUUCACCUGGAACCAGUCAAGGUCAACCAUGGAGGAGUCAUGAACCCAGUUUACCACGACCCGUAACCAAGGAGACGGUUGGAGUGAAACCAGAAGAAGCAGAGAGGAAGUCCAUAUAAGGUUGCAACAGAGCGCAGCAUCAACACCUGCAGAGACUGUACUCUCCUACUGUAUUUUAAUAUCUUCAUAUCUAAUCCCUAAUUAUAUGUUGGUCAUGUUUAUCUGCUCAUAUUAAAGCUUAGAACGUUGAUAAAAAUAUGGUUUUGUUGGUUGUUGCUUUAAUUAAAGUUUGUUUUGAAGUGUU